GUGGCGGCAGCAUAUGGCUGUCGGUUUAUCAUCAAGGCGCCACUAGCUGCUUACGACGAGGAGCUUGAAGCAGACACUUUGGAACAGAGAGACAUCUGGAUUUGCAGUUUAAAUGCAGCGGCUCUACAACAGCGAUUGCUUGCAACCAGCAGUGCUCAGGUCAGUGCCGAGCGUUUUCUGCAAGCCAAAGGAGUGUGGCAGAUGCUGCAAGACUGUGUCAGUGCCUCGGUGCCCAGAGAUGAUGCCGAGGCCGUGUCCGUGGAAUCCAUGGCACUGAGAUACACACGCUUCGGUGGUGCCCUGCUUCACUUUGCUGGAGAAGCUCAGGAGCCACGACAGGGUCGCCUGGUUGUAGCUGGCCGACGAGUGCGAAACAGCUUCUUGGGGAGUCGUCACCCAGAAGCAAACCUGAUUUCCGACACCGUCAGCGGGGCCGGAACGGAGUCUUGGCUCGUUCUGUUGAGUUCCAGGGCGAUUUCGGAGACAGCUGGCGAGUCGCAGCAAGUCCUCGGGGCCGUGGUGCUGGAACCUCCGAGGGACACACCCUUGCAAUUUGAGGCUCUGUACGCCUUUCAUGAUCCGCUGGAUUCGUCGGAGCCUGUAGCCAGCCUCCCAUUGCUGUACUGCGAGGUAGGCGAUAUCGCGCAGUGCAAGCACGGAAGUGGUUGGUCUCUCUGCAUCUAUGAGGUAGACGAGGCAUGCAACCUGCCAAGUGGGGCUUCUUGGCUGAUCACGGUUGAGACUCGUGAGGAAUGUGAGCUCUGGUGUCAAGCUGUAAAAGCUGCUCGAUGGGCUGCUCGGGCACAAGCGAAGGGCAAGAAGCGUGCCGCCGAAGAGGCUCUUGACAGCUUUGACAGGAGCCCGGUUGAGUGGUGUCAGGCUGCCGCCCGGCGGUUAAAGCAGGUGUCGGGAUAUGCACCGCCCCCUCCAACGCUCUCGGCAGCAAGCAGGCUGCGGGCAUGGGCAUCUCCAAGGACGGCACGCUUGUCCUUGUCCUUGGGUGCACCAGGUGAAGGCUCCGCCGUGUCCCUGUCGUCGACCACGGUCGCCGGGUCGUGGCUGUCCGGUGCUCCCAGUGCCGGUGCUGGAGGGGUGGAUGCCGCAACGGAAGCCACCCGCCGGGUCCUGGCAGCCUGCGAGGACGUUUGCCUGGAAGCCGAAGGCUUACUGGAAGCUGCUUUGGCCAAGCGGCCUUUCCGCCAGGAUGCUGCAGGAGCCGCUCUCCGGUGUGCUUUAGUUCCGGCUGUGGCGACAGUUGGCCGUUGCUGGACGCGCUGGAACACUGACUUGCCUUUGUCGGACGCCAGGAACCUCCUCCGAUGGCUGGAGGCGCGACGGCAAGCCGCCUGCAGCCUGGGCCUGGUUUGCGGCCCGCUGCAGACGCCUUUGGCAGGCUUGUCUUCAGAAUUAAGCUUGCGGAUGGGAGCCCACGUUCGGCGUUUAGCCACACAGCUCCUCGUCUCCGAGCUGGGUGAGCGCCUACGGCACGGCCCCGGCAAUGCACAGCCUCCGAAGAUCUCACGCGCGCCCAGCUUGGACAAAAACUCGAUGUCACAGUGCAACGUGAAGGCGAUCACCAGUUGCCUGCCUGUGGAUUUUUUCACCUUUGUGAACUCCUGCUUGCUGGACAAAGAGCCAGGCCAUCCAGGAUGGCGCCUGUGUUCCCUUCGUGUGGCGAAGUUUGUCAUAAAGGAGGUCCAGGAAAGUCUGCGAGGUUGGCUGUGGGCCACACUGCCUGAGGUGAGGUCUCAGCAUCGAGAAACCCUCCUUCGCCGAUGGUUUUGGGGUGUAUCGUCGCUUGCAAAUGCAAUGCCGGUCUUCAAGCAGCACUGUGAGGACAUUGCUGCCCACUGUCGGAUGCAAACACGCUACGAUACCGAGGGGGAUCUCCAGGAGUCCCAGGAGGAGACCAGGUCGGAGUCGAGUCCGUCGAGUCCCGUUCCCCGCGAGUGGCGCUUGGACCGUGAGGAGCAGGACUUCGAAGGUAUCCUGGAGGCCCUCCUGUGGGCAGCUUGCGACGUCGCUUCGACUCGAUGGCGGCGGCAGGUCCUGAGCCCGAACACGGAGCCUCAAGGCUACUCACUGGUGCCCUCCCUGAACCAGUUGCUGAGCCCAAACCUUCAAGUUCUGCGAGAGUGGCUGGACACGAGCCUCUUCGAACUACUCCUCUCGAAGAUCUUCCUGGUGUGCAUGGGGACUUACGUGGUGAAGCUCUCCUGCGGAUCCUGGUUGCAGGCCAUUCGCACCCGAGAUGAGCAAAUCCACGCAUUGUCGGAGGAAGCAGUUGCGUUGUGCAGCUACUUCGCGGGCUUGUCGCACAAGCCUCGUGGUGCAACAGAAGAUGUCGGAUUAUGGGAGCCAGGGCGAGUUCUGAAUGUUCUACAUACAGUCCUACUGUCGCCGGCGGCCAAUGCCAGGUCGCGCAGCCCAGCCCAGCCUCGGCAAGCGGCGCAGCGGAGACCGCCACUUCCGGCAGACUGGAAGAGCCCAUUAGGUUUCGAGGACGGACUCAGCAAACUGGUGUCGGUGCUGUCAGACAGCCCGUUGCCUUUGGAGGACGUGCUAACCUGGUUUUCCGACAUCGGCCCGCCUGGGGCAAAACCUUUCGAGGAGCUCCCGCAGCCGGUUCCGGCAGGAGCGCUCUACCAAGCUGCUGAGGAAGUCAGGCUUCGGAGUCGCUCCUCUUCAAUGCUAAGCUAUAGCGGAUCUCGAGUUGGUGAUGCACGCCGGAUAUCUGUGGAAAGCAUUGACAUGUGUGAAACUCGGUCCACCGGUGGGCUCUCCCUCUUUGGGCAGGCCGGCAGACGGGAUUCAUCGAACUACACCUCGCCGGGAACGUCCUUGUUGAUGACCAGCUCGGAGGCAGCAGCUCAGGCUGUUGCACAGGCAUGUGCCAGCAACAGCCAGGCGAUUGGACUGGCAUCCGAAGGCGCCGUGUGCGACCUGCGGAUAGAGCAGGAUGGUGCCUAUGGCGCCUUCUGUGAAGUAUCUGUUAGCGUCGAGGGACCGUCAGAUGGCCAGUCGGAUACCAGGAGCCUCGAGCCGCGGGAAGAACCAGUACUGCGCUGGGUGCAGCUCAUGAAGGCGAGUCCGCAAGCGACUCCGCACUUCCAGCUGCUCGAGUGGCAGCCGCAAAGCAUUCAGGAAGCAGUCGCUGCCGCCACCCCCAGCGCGGCCUUGUCACUGGCAAGGCUUAAAGAGGUACAACUUCCAGCUGCGAAGAGCAUGAGCCUUCUCUUCUCGGAAGAAGGCCCCGCCGGUCCACGGCACCUGAGAUACUUUGUUGACUUCGACUGCCCUUCUCAUGCCUUUCGCUUUCGAUUGGUCUUGGAGAGCUGGUGGGCGACAGAACCCAUCCGAGAGCCAUAUCCCGUCGUGGCAUAUAUGGGAUGUGGAGCAGGACUUGGCCGGACUGACGAUGAUGAGGACGGCUGGAGAAAUCUCUCCCCGCCUCUGACACGGCAGGUCCUGGAGCUCCGUUUGGGUGGCCUCUGGGCCGAUGUCCGCAGACGCCUGGAAGCAUCCUGA